CCACCAGUGGUGGAGCUGGCAAAGACGGAAAAGAGGCACAGAUAGACAGGGGAGAUAGAGACAGGAGACAGGAGGGGGUGGGAGAGAGAGACCGCCGCAAGACGGGGGAGACAGGCCGUCAGAGAGAGCGUUUCACCUCGGCUGACCGUGUGUUACGUUUGCGGAGCGUCACUUUGAGGUCUGACAGCGGCGGAGUUGCUGAAGAGGAUAUGUGACUGGCCUUUUUCUUUAAACACGGAGCUUAUUUCACAACCGAGGGCAGCAACGUUAACACAGCCGCAGAGAUUCCAUCACAGCAGGCCAGUGGAUUAACUGGCUACCUUUAUCUAAAGGGAUGCCCUAUUGAUUACUGUUUUCUAACAAAGCCCAUGGAUUGCAGUGAGGGUGCCGGACAGGCCUUGAUCACAGCUAUGUCAACACUGCAUCAGGAUAUUUCAAGCCAAGAGCCACCACAGUAGAAGACUCAUGGGAGUCUGCGUUUUCAGCUGUUAGAUUUAGUAUUUCAGAUAUUUUUUUCUGGGCAUCCAUCUUACUUUUUUUCCCUUUUUGUGUUAUUUUGUGCAUAUUGUAAGUGCACAGGCCCCUAACUCCGUUUUUACUAGGGAGAAAUCUUUUCUCAGGACAUCAGCUGACUUUCUGGGCUGUCAUCUCACGUUUUUGAUUCACUUGAUUUAUUCAUUUGCCCCAGAUACUCUUACAUCUCUACAGUACACACCCCAUAUUGUCUCACCAUGUAUGGUAGCUCACGUUCCGUUUCAAAGCUGGAUGUUGUUGGAUCCAAUGGUAACGGGUCAGUGUCUGGGAGCCCCGGUCGCUCCCCACGCCUCCCUCGCUCCCCACGCCUUGGACACCGCAGAAACAGCAGCAGCAGCUCCACAGGUGGACUAACUGGCUCUGGUAAAACCCUGUCCAUGGAGAAUAUUCAGUCUCUUAAUGCUGCCUACGCCACAGGCGGUCCUAUGUACUUCACCGACACAUCUGAAGACCCGGUCGGCAUUGGUAGUCUGGGCAGUGGGCUGAAUCCCUCGCUCCCCAAAAGCACCAUGACCUUGGGGCGGGCUGGGGCCAGGGUUCCUUAUGGGGUGAGGACGGCCGUUAUGGGGAGCAGUCCUAAUAUAAACACUGGAGGAGGAGGGGGAGGUGGUGGAGCGGUCAUGCCCAGUGAUGCAAUAGCGUUUGGGGGGGAGCCUCAAAACCAGCCUCCACAGGCAGCUACUGUUCCCCACUCCAUGAGACAGGUGAGAGACGGUGCCAUGUCAGACCUGCAGACACAACUAAGAGAAGUGCUGAGAGAGAAUGAACUACUGCGUAGAGAACUGGAGGCUAAAGAGUCCAAGCUGAGCUCCUCUAUGAACUCCAUUAAAACGUUUUGGAGUCCAGAGCUGAAGAAAGAGAGAGCGCUCAGGAAGGAUGAAGCCACAAAGAUGACUGUUUGGAAGGAACAGUACAGAGUGGUACAGGAGGAAACACAGCAUCUUCAGUGCACCAUCCAGGCUUUACAAGAUGAGCUCCGAAUCCAGCGAGAUCUCAACCAGCUCUUCCAGUCCGAUUACGCCGAGUCCGGUCACCUGGGAAGUCAGCCCAUCCCCCCUCAGGAAAUGACAGAGGAGAACUUCCUGCGUCUCCAUGGCGAGUACGAGCGGCAGGUCAAAGAGCUCUUCCUCCUGAGGAAGACUGUGGAAGAAAUGGAGCUGAGGAUAGAUACACAGAAACACACACUAACUGCCAGGGAUGAGUCCAUAAAGAAGUUGCUGGAAAUGUUGCAGAGUAAAGGUCUGUCGUCACGAGCAACAGAAGAGGACCACGAACGUACGCGACGACUGGCCGAUGCUGAGAUGACCAUCCACCAACUGGAAGGCCUACUGGAGCGAAAAGACAAGGAGAUGCUACAACUCAGAGAGGAGCUGCACAGGAGAUAUGAAGCAGCUCCAGAGUCAACAAAGACCAAGGCCCUGCAGACAGUCAUCGAAAUGAAGGAUGCAAAGAUCAGCUCGCUGGAGCGCGGCAUGAGAGAGCUGGAGGAGGAGGUGAACAUGCUCAAGUCCAACGGAGCUCUGAGCAGCGAGGAGAGGGAGGAGGAGAUCAAACAGAUGGAGGUCUACAGAUCCCACUCCAAGUUCAUGAAGAACAAGGUUGAGCAGCUGAAGGAAGAGCUAACUCACAGCCAAUCAGAGAAGGAGGAGCUAAGGCAACGAGCCAAUGAGCUUCAGCGGGAGGUGUCCGCAAUGGAACAGGCGAAGCAGGACCUGAGUCGUAAGGACAGCGAGCUGCUGGCUCUCAGGACCAAACUGGACACUCUGAACAAUCAGUUCUCUGACAGUAAACAACAUGUAGAUGUGCUCAAAGAGUCACUCACUGCCAAGGAACAGAGAGCCGCCAUACUACAGACUGAGGUGGAUGCCUUGCGUCUCCGACUAGAGGAAAAGGAAUCUCUUCUCUCCAAAAAGAGUCAGCAGAUAUCAGAGGUGACAGAGGAGAAAAGUACGCAGCAAGGGGAGAUCACCGACCUCAAAGACAUGCUGGACGUCAAAGAGCGCAAAGUUAAUGUUCUGCAGAAGAAGAUAGAGAACCUCCAGGAUCAGCUGAGGGAUAAAGAGAAACAGCUGAGCGGUCUGAAAGACAGAGUCAAGUCUUUACAGACAGACACCUCCAACACCGACACAGCACUGGGAACACUGGAGGAAGCUUUGGCUGAGAAGGAGCGAAUCAUUGACCGCUUGAAGGAGCAGCGAGAGAGAGAGGAGAGAGAAAAGGGAGAGGAGAUGGAGUCCAGCAAGAAGGAGCUGAAGGAGUUGAGGGAGAAAGUUUCCCAGCUGCAGGCUGACCUGGCUGACCGUGAGACAUCGGUGUUGGAUCUGAAGGAGAAGGCCUCCUCUCUGGCUUCCUCCACGCUGAAGAAGGACAACAGGUUGAAGAGUCUGGAGAUCAGCCUGGAGCAGAAGAGAGAGGAGUGCAUCAAACUGGAGAACCAGCUUAAGAAGGCUCAGAGUGCAGCAGCAGAAUCCCAGGCUAGCACUGAACUCUCCGAACGCAUCUCCUGCCUGGAGCAGGAAGUGACCCGGCACAGAGAGGAUGCUGGGAAGGCCCAGUCCGAGGUGGAACGACUGCUGGAGAUCCUGAGGGAGAUGGAGAAUGAAAAGAACGAUAAGGAGAAAAAGAUCCACGAACUGGAGAGGCAGAUGAAGGACCAGUCGAAGAAGGUGGCCAACCUAAAACACAAGGAGCAGCUGGAGAAAAGCAGGAACGCCCAGCUAAUGGAGGAGGCCAAGAAGAGAGAGGACAAUCUGAACGAAAGCUCCCAGCAGAUUAAGGACUCCCUCCGUCAGAAGGAAGAGCGCAUCGAAGAGCUGGAGGAGGCGCUGAGGGAAAGCGUUCAGAUCACAGCAGAGAGGGAGGUGGUGCUCGCCCAGGAGGAGCAAGCACGUACACAUGCUGAGAAACAGGUGGAGGACCUGCUGGUUGCCAUGGAGAAGGUGAAACAGGAACUGGAGGUGAUGAAAGCCAAGCUGUCAUCAACUCAACUCUCACUGGCUGAGAAGGAAGGUCACCUGACCGCCCUGCGGGCCGAGAGGCGGAAGCACCUGGAGGAGGUCCUGGAGAUGAAGCAAGAGGCACUGCUGGCAGCAAUAAGUGAGAAGGACGCCAACAUCGCCCUGCUGGAGCUCUCCUCGUCCAAGAAGAAGAAAACCCAGGAGGAGGUGGCAGCUCUGAAGAGGGAGAAGGAUAGUCUGGUUCAGCAGCUCAAACAGCAGACUCAAAACCGGAUGAAGCUGAUGGCGGACAACUACGAGGACGACCACCUAAAGGUCUCGUCUCCAAACUCAGAGCAGCCCAACAAUCACAAACCCUCCCCAGACCAGAUUCUCUCUCCCCUCCUGGAUCUCAAUCAGAAUCGCAGUAAACUGAAGCUGUACAUCAGUCACCUGACCUCACUGUGUCAGGAGCGAGACCCAAUCAUAUUGCAGGACUUUGCCCCGCCCCCCGCUUAUCACCGCUCUGACUCCGCCUCCUGGCAUACGCAGCUGCACAGCAUGACGCAGGAACAGUUGGAGGCGGAGUUAGAGCUGUGUGAGAGGGAGGGGGCGGAGCUGCAGGAGUACGCCAACCAGGUCCUGCAACAGAUCGCCGACCGAUGCCCCGACAUUUUGGAACAAGUCGUCAACGCCCUGGAGGACAGCUGCUGACACCCGCACACAAGCAAACACACCCUCGUGCAUAAGCUUACAUGAGCACAUUCAUUAGCACAGAAAGUCAGAAAAAAAACACACAUCCAAACAUUUAACAUGAGUCUCCAGCAAGACCCAGUAAGACAAACUGAUACACAAGUAAAAUCACAGUGUUGGACAUGAAGACUUUCUCUUCUUACCUGCUCUUCACUCAUCUCAUUUUCACAGAUGGAAAAAAAAAAAAUCAUGUUAUGACUGAAAAAUACUUUUCCGCCAUCAUUUUAAAAUUA